AUGUCGACACCAUCCCCAUCUCUUGUGGUUUCACAAGCCACGGCGAUUUUAGCGGGAAAAACCAGUGGAAUCAUUUUCGCGACCUUCAAAAAACAGGCUAAAAACGCCUUUCCAUCUCUCAGAACAUGCCCCACUGAUACGUUUUCCAUCAUCGCACGGAAGGUUUUGGCAAUCAACGAACUCUCCGACCCCGAUACAACAGAGGAUGGCGCGCACACGGGCUCCGGCUUGGAGUCAGGCCCACGGGUGGUAAAAUUAGAGAUUCACCUCCACCUGAACAGCAGCUUAGGAAAACACCCUCAGCCUGUUGCUGCAUUACGGGGUGUCAACGUUACAACGGAUGAGUCCGGAGUAACCACCAUCGGACAGCGGUGGAAGAUGCAUUUCAAAUGGCAGUCGGCGAACCCCCCCGUCCGGAUCAAUGGCAAUGGUCCGACAAAUGUUCAGAUCAGGGUUUUCAGGACAAGGGCUCCAACCCAAGCCAAAACUCAUCGACUUCCAAGUCACGGUCCUCAGCGGCCAAUUAUCAUCCUGAUGUGCAUUGUGAUUGCGAAAUGGAACGAAUUUGCACGCGCUAGUCAGGCAGCAGUCCUGGUCUGGCCAAUUUUCAUAGUCGUACGUGAAACCCUAGUGCCGCUGAUCGCUCAAGUCGGCGGUGACAGAGGAUCACGAGAUAGAAAAUAUUUACGGGAUGCGCUGAAAAAAUACGGGAUUGGAAAACCUCAUCUCAAAGCAACAACCCUCGUCAUAGAGGCAGAAGAUGUACUCGAAAAUUGCGAUUUGAACCGUGUCAAAGCAGCCGUUGAUAGGACGCAUGCUCGGGGCGUUGAGAAUUGUGUAGAGGUGUUUUUGGAGGAGGCAAGGGUCUCAUGUACAUCUUAUAGCCAACCUGUAAGGAUUGAACAUCCUCUAGGCACGGACUAUGACUAG